UUCACAACCCUAGUCUUGAAUAUAAAAGGAUCUGUUUCAGUCUCCAACGUCCUCACCUCCGUAAACACAGUUCCUACACACAGUUUCCUACAUAAUAAGGAAUGUCAAGACCCAAGCGUAUCUUACACGUCGUCACCAACGUCGGGCACUACGACGAUCCAUCCCACCCGACAGGUCUGUGGUUGACUGAGCUCACACACGCAUGGGAUGUCUUCGAGGCGAGCGGAUAUACCCAAACCAUCGUCAGCCCAGCGGGCGGCCACUGCCCCCUUGAGCCUCGGUCUCUGAAGUUUCCUAAUGUCGACAGGACGGCGAAAGCGUGGCAAGCGGACGUGGAACGGAUGGCGUUGCUCCAGAACACAUUCAGCCCCGAGCAAAUCAAGUCGGCCGAUUUCGACGCGAUCUACUUCACGGGGGGCCACGGGGUGAUGUACGAUUUCAAAGACAGCGAAGGCCUACAGCGCAUCACGCGGGAGAUUUUCGAGCGCGGCGGGGUCGUGGCCUCGGUGUGCCAUGGAUGCUGCGGCCUGUUAAACACCACGCUUUCUGACGGGUCGUACUUGGUGGCUGGGCGCAAGUUGACGGGGUUCUCGUGGAGGGAGGAAUUGCUGGCGCGCGUGAAUAAGCUGGUGCCCUACAAUGUGGAGGAAGAGCUGAAGAAGCGCGGUGCCCGCUAUAUGAAGGCGACACUGCCAUUUACCUCCUAUGCUGUGAACGACGGUAACUUGGUGACGGGGCAGAACCCUGGGUCGGCGAAGGAGACUGCGAAAAAGGUAGUUAAGGUUCUAAGUGGGUCGUGACUAGCAAGUGUAAUGUUUAUCGGUGGUGGGAAACCCACACAACUGGGAC